AUGCCUAUUGUUGGAAGAACAGAGUGGCAGAAGCUGCCCGUCACUUUAGGGGAGCUUUGCAUCAACACCACACUAAGAUGUGGGCAGUCUUUCAGAUGGCAGAAGAUUAACCAUGAAUGGACCUGCACAUUACACGGGAGACUCCUUCAUCUGAAACAGGAUGCUACUCAUCUGCACUAUCAAGUCACCUUCCCAGCACCCAAACCUAAGACGUUGCCACCAAGCGAUACUGAAGCUCUUUUACGGCAUUAUUUCAACCUGGAUACAAGUCUUGAACCUCUGUACAAACAAUGGUCAGCUGCGGAUUCCAAUUUCCGCAAGAGAGCUCCUCAAUUCCAAGGUGUUCGCAUUCUCAGUCAAGAUGCUUGGGAAACGUUGAUAUGCUUCAUCUGCAGCAGCAAUAACAACAUUACAAGAAUAUCACAAAUGGUACACAAGUUGUGCCGGCAUUACGGGCCCCUCAUAGCUCAUAUGGAUAAUGAGCCCUUCCACGACUUUCCCACUCCCCAAGACCUUAUAGGUGAUGACGUGGAAACAAACCUUAGAGCCUUGGGGUUCGGAUACCGAGCCAAGUACAUCGCCGAAACAGCACGGAUGGUCGCCAAGGAGAAGCCUGAUAACUGGUUGGAAAGCCUUCGAAAUCCAGAAUUUCCUGGCUUCAACACAACACCCGUGCCAAAAGAGCAACAUGCAUCCUAUAAAGAGGCACAACAACAAUUGCUCUCCUUGAAAGGAGUUGGUCCAAAGGUUGCCGACUGCGUAUGUCUCAUGGGUCUUGGCUGGGGGGAGGCAGUACCAGUCGAUACUCACGUCUGGCAAAUUGCACAACGAGACUACAAAUUUGGCAAGUCAAAAGUCAAGACGCUAAACAAGGCCACUUACGAUGCUGUUGGGGAUCAUUUUCGAGAUCUAUGGGGAUUAUAUGCCGGGUGGGCUCAUUCUGUUCUCUUUACCGCUGACUUGAGGGAGUUUGCGGCUCAGGCCAGGAAGGAAGAAGAUGAGCCUACUGUGAUAAAGAUAGAGAUCGGUUCUAUCGAUGAACAUACCAGGACAAGAACGAAGAAGACGAUCACUAUUACAGACAGCGACACUGUGGUGAAGGAAGAAACCCCGAUCGUUACGCCCAAAGAUGAACAAGGGGUUGAGGAGAUUAAGCAAAUGCGAAGAUCAAAAAGACUGCGCACUUCAUAA